AUGUCUGACGGUGUUGAAUCAUCAACGGCGACGAAGAAGAUCACACUGAAGAGUUCCGACAACGAGACCUUCGAAAUUGAAAAGGCGGUGGCAUUAGAAUCUCAAACGAUCAAGCAUUUGAUCGAUGACAAUUGUGCCGACGACAGUGGAAUCCCUCUUCCAAACGUUACCGGCAAGAUCUUGGCUAUGGUUAUUGAGCAUUGCAAGAAGCAUGUUGACGCUACCAGUUCUGAUGAAAAGCCCUCUGAAGAUGAAAUUAACAAAUGGGACACUGAAUUCGUCAAGGUUGACCAAGAUACCCUCUUCGAUCUCAUCUUGGCUGCAAACUAUCUAAACAUCAAAAGUCUGCUGGAUCUUACAUGCAAGACUGUAGCAGACAUGAUCAAGGGUAGGACGCCGGAGGAGAUUCGUAAGACUUUCAACAUUAUUAAUGAUUACACUCCGGAGGAAGAGGAGGAAGUCCGUAGCGAAACUCAAUGGGCUUUUGACGAAUGA